UGUGACAUAUCGGUGGACUCGUAUUUUCUCAAUCGUUUCGUCUCUAAGAUCGUAUUCCGUUCAAUUUCCCGCUUGAGAUUUGUCCAUAUCCGCCGGAUCUCUUGAUUCCGGCGAGAUUUGACUGUAAUGGAGGCUUACGGGGUCGGACUCCGCCAGUUAUCGGUGCUGCUUUUCUGCGUGACCGGGAUUUGGUCGGCGUAUAUUUAUCAAGGAGUUCUGCAGGAAACAGUGUCCACCAAGCGAUUUGGCGCUGAUCAGAAGAGAUUUGAACAUCUUGCAUUCCUGAACUUGGCCCAGAAUGUAGUUUGCUUAGUGUGGUCAUUUAUAAUGAUAAAGCUCUGGUCCCGAAGCAGUUCUGGAGGUGCUCCUUGGUGGAGUUACUGGAGUGCUGGCAUUACAAAUACAAUUGGUCCAACCAUGGGGAUAGAAGCUCUAAAGUAUAUAAGUUACCCAGCACAGGUCCUGGCGAAAUCCUCAAAAAUGAUUCCAGUGAUGCUGAUGGGUUCCCUGGUCUAUGGUAUUAGAUACACAAUUCCUGAGUAUGUUUGUACUCUUCUUGUUGCGGGAGGUGUAUCUUCAUUUGCACUUUUAAAGACUAGUUCCAAGACAAUUAGCAAGUUGGCACGCCCAAAUGCACCACUUGGAUAUGGGCUCUGUUUCUUGAACCUUGCAUUUGAUGGAUUCACAAAUGCCACACAGGAUUCAAUAACAGCAAGGUACCCAAAGACGAGUGCAUGGGAUAUAAUGUUCGGAAUGAAUUUAUGGGGUACCAUAUACAACAUGGUCUACAUGUUUGGAUGGCCACAUGGGAGCGGAUUUGAGGCAGUCCAAUUCUGCAAGCAACAUCCAGAAGCAGCAUGGGACAUUUUCCUCUUCUGCCUGUGUGGUGCAGUGGGACAGAAUUUCAUCUUUCUUACCAUAAGCCAAUUUGGCUCCCUCACUAACACUACCAUCACCACAACCCGCAAGUUUGUAAGCAUUGUGGUGUCUUCACUUCUUAGUGGCAAUCCCCUGUCGGCAAAGCAAUGGGGAAGUGUUUCCAUGGUCUUCUCUGGGUUGUCAUACCAGAUAUAUCUCAAGUGGAAGAGGGGGCAGAGAUUGCACAAGAAAAGAAAGCCCAUGUGAAGAUUUAAUGAUUAUAAACUUUAUAUUCAUCUUUUUACUUUACUUUUUGUACCUCAUAUAACAUCAUUGCAACCAUAAGGUUCAAUGUUUCGAAGUUUAGAUCAUUAUCAGGAUAUUGGUGAAUGUAAUUGUGUAGCCUUAUAUUUAGGUGAUAGCUAGGUUGAUUUUUUGAAUUUAAUCCAGGCUUUGAGAAGGAUAUAAGAUGGGUGUGAUUGUCCUUCACCAAAACAAAUUUGUAAUGCCAUGGCUUAAGAAAAUCUUACACGGGGUUCUAGGAAAUUUUUGGACAGCCACUGCUGUGGCAGGUGGAAGUAUUGAUGGCAUAUUAGAAAGAA